AUGGCAUCGCACUCGCACCAGCACUCUAUCGUGCCGUACUGUCGCACACCACAAGAUAGCACUCUAUCGUGCCGUACUGUACGUACUAUCGCAGGCCACACAGCCAUGCAGAGCGAGGUUUGGCUGCUAUGGGCGACGCUCGCCGCCGCGCUACUCUACUACCUGACCAGCGCAGCCCGCCGCGGGGGCACCGGGGGACGGCAGCCUCCGGGCCCGACGCCGCUCCCGGUCCUCGGCAACCUGCUCGACCUAGGCGGCAACCUGCACCACACGCUGGCGCGCCUCGCGCGCGUCCACAGCCCCGUCAUGAAGCUCAAGCUCGGCCUGGUCACCACCGUGGUGGUCUCCUCGGGUGACGCCGCGCGGGAGGCCUACACCAGAUACGACCGCCACCUGGCCGCGCGCGCGGUCCCGGACGCCGCCAACGCGGUCGGCAACUCCGGCCGGUCCAUGAUCUGGCUGCCCAGCUCCGACCCGCUCUGGAAGACGCUGCGCGGCAUCGUGGCCUCGCACAUAUUCUCGCCGCGUGGCCUGGCCGCGGCGCGCGGCGUGCGGGAGCGCAAGGUGCGCGACAUGGUGGGCUACUUCCGGCGCCACGCGGGGGAGGAGGUGGACGUGGGCCAGGCCGUGUACGGCGGCGUGCUGAACCUCGUGUCCAGCGCCUUCUUCUCCGUCGACGUGGUGGACGUGGGCGGCGAGUCCGCGAGCGGGCUGCGGGAGGUCGUGGAGGACAUCAUCGCGGCGCUGGCCAAGCCCAACGUCUCCGACAUCUUCCCUUUCCUCCGGCCGCUCGACCUGCAGGGUUGGCGUCGCUGGGCGGGGGCGCGCUACCAGAAGGUCUUCGGCAUACUUGACGGAAUUAUCGACCGCCGUCUGGCAGAUGCCCGGACGUCCACAGGCGAGCACGCCCAUGGCGACUUCCUGGACUCGCUGCUGGAGCUCGUUUCCGCAGGCAAGAUCGGUCGCGACAAGGUGACGGUCAUACUGUUCGACGUGUUCGCGGCCGGGACCGACACGAUGGCCAUCACGGUGGAGUGGGCGAUGGCCGAGCUGCUCCGGCACCCGCGCGCCAUGGCCAAGGUGCGCGCGGAGAUGGAGGACAUCCUCGGCGGCAAGGACACGAACACCCUCGAGGAGCCCGACGCGGCGAGCCUGCCGUACCUGCAGGCCGUGGUGAAGGAGGUGAUGCGGCUGCACCCGGUGGCGCCGAUCAUGCUGCCGCACCAGGCCGCGGAGGACGGCGUGGAGAUCGGCGGCUUCGCCGUGCCCAGGGGCGCCACGGUGAUCUUCAACGUGUGGGCAAUCAUGCGGGACUCGGCGGCGUGGGAGAGGCCCGACGAGUUCGUGCCGGAGCGGUUCCUGGAUAAGUCGGCGGCGGUGGAGUUCCGGGGCAAGGACUACGAGUUCAUCCCGUUCGGGUCCGGCCGGCGGCUGUGCCCCGGCCUGCCGAUGGCGGAGCGGGUCGUGCCGUUCGUGCUGGCGUCGCUGCUGCACGCGUUCGAGUGGCGGCUCCCGGGCGGCGUGGCGGCCGACGAGCUGGACGUGGCCGAGAGGUUCACCACCGUUAACACGCUCGCCGUGCCCCUCAGGGCCGUCCCCGUCGUGGUCACCUAG